UCUAGAUGUUUGAUAUGAAACGUGAGUGCAAUCAUUUAUUUGUGUACAGGCAGGAAUAUGGAAAAUGGGGAAAAGUUGAAAUGUAGAGAUUCAGUUGGACGCAUGGUGGAAAAUACUUGGAAGAAACUAAGACACAUCACCUUUGAAGAUAUCGUACUUUACUUUUAUCGGCCAACCGAUCCGUCAAGCUUGGGUAUUAUAAGAUGCCUUUUCGGUUUCCUGAUGCUACUAGAUUUAUCGGAAGAAAGAGGCGGUUCUAUUAUAGAUAUCAGAUGGGGAAACCCUCAAGAUUCGUUUUUCAGAUUACUACUCACCUCCGGACAAAUUGAUUACAUCAUCAUUCACUGGUUCGGGUUCUUACUGGAUUUGACGAUAGGAUUUUGGAUGUUGGUUGAAUUCACGAGGCCAGUGGCAAUGUUGUUUUGCGCCUGUUUCCAUUUGAUGAACUCACGGCUCUUCAGCAUAGGUAUGUUUCCUUACGUCUGCCUAGCAACUAUGCCGCUAUUCUGCGAUGAAACCUGGCCGAGAAAAAUUCAAUCCCUUUUCACUACGGACAACUUGGAAGCGGCUCCAUCAGAUUCGUGUAUAUACCCCAAAGACGAAACGAGAAUAGACCGGGAUCUUGUGCGGAAACCUAGCUGGAAACACAAAUUCGUGGCGACACUUUUAAUGUGCCAUUGUGGACUGCAAGCCUUUUUGCCGUACUCUCAUUUCAUCACAAAGGGCUAUAACAACUGGACUAACGGCUUAUAUGGCUAUUCUUGGGAUAUGAUGGUUCACUCAUGGGACACCAUAUUGGUGGUGGUGAAAGUGAUAGAUAAUGAUACUGAUAGAGAGCAUUUCAUCGACGCUGGUGCUUGGACCCAUAAUGACAGGUGGAGCAAACAUGCUGACAUGGGCGUCCAGUAUGCGCAGUGCUUGAAGAAAAACCUCAUUGCUGGAUUCGAAGGAAAAUCCCAUCUGGGGCAUUCUACUGCAAUAUCUUCGAAAUUCACAUCUGACAACAUCUCCAUUUAUCUCGACGUUUGGUGCUCUUUGAACAAACGCUUUCAGCAACGAAUGUUCGAUCCAAACUACGACUUGCUGAAAGCCAACUGGUCACCAUUUCAGCCGGUAGAAUGGCUUCUGCCUGUGUUGUGGCAGUACAGCGAUUUCAGGAAGAAAAUGGACGAAAUCAGCAAAGAGGUUCAUUCCUGGUCCAACGAUAGUGACGUAUUGUUCAUAGCGGAUUUUCCAGGCCUGUUCCUUGAGAAUUUCAUCAAUGAAGACUUCGAUAACGUAACUCUAACUAUCAUGGAAGGAGAAGUUGUCUACGAGGUUGAAAUUAAAAACAGUCUUCAAUCUGUAGGAGUGAAAUUGAGCAGGGGACAAAGCACCUCCGUCGAAGUAGGAAUUUUCCAUAAAAUACAUACCAUAAGUAAAACGCCAUCUUGUUACAUGUAUACUUUCACUAGAACGAGCAAAGAAGAUGAGAAAGAACCUACGGAAAACAAACGAUCUCGAAGGUACUCCCCUUUUCCUCUCAUAGAAGACAUCGGGGCGAAAGUAAAAUCUGCUGUUUCGAUGUGGGGCCAUUUUGUGAAUUCUGUUUUAUAUAUUUUGUUUGGGAAACCCUAUGACAUACGUACGAUAAUAAAGAAUGAUGAAUAUUGA